AUGGCUUCCAUUGAGAGCAAUGGUCCUCUGAUAGCAGGAAUCACAUGGUUCCUCUGCUUCUUCUGCGGUGCCUUCUUGGCACUACGAGUGUACGCGAAGUUGAGUCGGGGACAAAAGCUGUGGUGGGAUGACUACAUCUUCCUAUUCUCAUGGACUUGUCUCUUUGUCGAGUCGAUCAUCACCCAGAUGGGCGUCAACUUAGGUUUCGGCCGUCACUAUUACGACAUCACUCCACAGACCAAUCUCUUGACGAUAGCCAUGUACACUUCAGUAGGCGCAUCAAUAUCGUGUUUUGCUUCAACUGGGAGCAAAGUUGGGUUUGGUGUGACUCUCCUUCGGCUCACGACCGGCUGGUUCAGGGUUUUCGUCUGGUUCGCCGUUGUGACCUUGACAGUGGUCAUGCUUCCCAGCGCAACCUUGACAUGGCUGAAGUGUACCCCUGUGCAGAAGAAUUUCAACAGGCAAAUGGAGGGAACCUGCUGGGACGAGUCGGUGACACUUAACUACGGCAUCUUCAACGCAGCCUGGUGCGCUUUAAUGGACUUUGUGCUGGCGAUAAUCCCAUGGAAGCUCAUAUGGGGGAUGCGGUUGAGGAAACACGAAAAGCUCGGCAUUUGCUUUGCUAUGAGCCUGGGUUGGUUGGCAGGCGUGUGUGCCAUCAUCAAGGGCAUCUACCUCGUUCAGCUGGAGCAAGGUGACUUCUUUUUCAAUGGAAAAGAUGUCACCAUCUGGACCGCUGUGGAAACGGCCACUGCAAUAGUGGGGUCAUCCAUCCCAGUCUUACGAGUUUUCAUCAAAGAAAAGGCAUCUACCCUAGGCUACGAUAACAAGGUCAACCACGAUAAUAGCAACGAAAACUCGAAUAACAUCGAACUCAACUCGUACCGGAGCGUAGUUACCUCUACAACUGAAACUGGGAAAAGUACUCUAAUGACGGCAGAUGAGACCAAUCUGAAUUGCCCACGAAACCUCACACGGAGCGGAAGUUGUCUCUUGGUGGACAUACCGGACUUUAAACUUGAGGGAAUUGUGCGAGUCCGGAGCACGGAUGAAGAAAGCCAAGGCGGACCAGACGAUGAUCAGAUUUACAGCCAUGAUGAUCGGAUUAACGAUAACGGUCAUAGCCAGGAACAGAUAAGGUAAGUUGGUCCAAGAUGACGUUGAUUCUUGGUCUAAUUUUCCGCAGAGACGAGCAUGAAUUUUAUGGAAGAGCGCUAUGAUUGCCUCAUCGAGGAGGGGCGGCAAAAGCGUUGCGCCGAAACCGACAGUCACGCGAAUGAAGCAAGUACUGACUCUGUUGUAUUGAUGUCUUUGAUCUUAAUGAUACCUGGAGGGUCUCACCUCCGCUACAAAGUAAUGAUAGUAAUGAGAAUCAUGAAGCAAUAUUACCAAGUAAUGACAUUUCUGUUCUGCUCAGGCUCGACAACAUGAGCCCAUCGGCCACAGCGGUAAAGGAGAUGCCAAUCAAGGAU